AUGAAAUUGGUUCCGCUUCCAUCAAUUUCAUCAAGAACCAACAAAAAACUCCAAGGCUUAAUUUAUUUCACCAGGUUGGGAUCUUCCUCCAUCAAUAAGAGGUAUCUGAAAGGAGGAGGCAAUCGUCGGUAUUCAGAUAUUAGCCAAAGCUUAGUCUUUAUCACAGCUCAUAAAGAGCUAGAAGAGGAAUUCAUAAAUGAAAUUGAUGAAGCAGGUAGAGGAAAUGAAGAUCCAUGGGUUUUUCAGUGGGUUCUAGCUGUGUUUCAGAUUAGUGGUGGCUCCGAUGAUACUGGGUUGAGGUCUAAAUUUAGGGCGAUAGCUCCGACGGUGGGAUCGAUUGCACGUAUGGUUAUGGGAGGCGGUUCAUAG